AAUUGAGUUUUAACAAUUCAUUUUUGGAUAUAUACGGAAAUUUAAGUUAACAUUAUAGUAUUGUUAUUCUCUAAAAAUUCCUUAAUUCUAGUAAUAUUUAUGUUUCAAAUCUUAUGUCUAAUGAAUAGUAAUAAUGCCAGUUUAUAAAUAUCGUCCAACUGCAGUGCUCAGAUCUCUUCCUGCAAAGGGAAGGGUGGAAUUCCAAUAUUUCUGAUCCAAGUUGCUUCGUGAUAAUUUGCUUUAUCGUCAGUGCGUCUCAAGCAGUCCUUUCCUUGUUAAAAUUCAAAAUCAAUCGUGAACCCUAGUAGACAUACAAAUCAAUACAAGCAACGGCAAAAAGACAAAAGCCAAUACAUUGAUAUAUUCACAUCAAUAUACUAAAAUUACCUCAGAAAACAAAGGCUUCACUAACUAAACAACAAAAUACAAAGUAACUUACAACUUCAUAAGUAAUAAAAAGAUACUAAAAGUUUUAUUUACGUACUUAAACCAAUUACAAGCGAUUCACGAAGUCUAGACUUUGGCAGGUCUAGCCUAGUCUAAUUAAAGAAAGAUGUGUAUGGAGGGCAAAUAUUAUAGCAGGUGAGGAAAAGAGACAAAGCUCUACACCGUGUAGUGCUUUGUCUCGCUUUCGCAAUAGCUUUUAGUUAUAGGUACUUUAAUAGUCCUCCUAUUUAGUUCUUCCGAUUAUUUUUAAUGCGGGUUCCAAGACUGUUUUUCGUUUCCCUGGGACAUACCGCGCUUAAGUGCUAGAUGGUUUACUUUGGUUAUCAUUAUUGAUCCUGGUUGCAAUGAUGGGCAUGUGCGGCGGACUUGUUUUAUUUCAAUAAAAAAUACUACUACUAACUAGAAUAAUAUUGGACUGUUGUAUGAUAAUUUGUCGCCCAUUAUCAGUGUUAUUUGUUUUUAAACACAGUUACUGACUUCGUUUGUUUCGUUUUAGUUAAAGAAAGUUUGGCCAGAAAGCCUAUCACGAGCCUUAAAGAAAUAUACAUAAUAGGUGAGGAAGAGAGACAUCGCUCUGCGAUGGUAGUGCUUUAAUGUAAAUCCACUCAUAACUCCCAGCUAGAAUAAUGAUUUAUUUUAUUGAGGACAAAUGAUAGAAAGUCAGUUUUUCGGCCAUUAUCAUUUCUAAUUGUUUUUAAUCACAGCUACUGACUUCGUUUGUAUAAUAAGUGCCGACAAAACAGGACAACUUAUUACACAAACCUAAAACGGCCUGACAUGUAAUUGCGUAACAAGAGAAAUUCAAAAAUCUUAUUUAAGAAAUUAUCGCAUUGGGAAAAAUUAAGAGUGAGGGAAAUUACAUUUUAAUAAAUGGGUACAAUUAGUGUUACUUAUGACAAUCGCAGGUCCAGCAGUAACUUGUACUGCCUGUACCUAUACAUUUAGAGAAUAACCGAAAUAGAGAUAGACAGAUUGGCUUAAAGACAAUAAAAGACAAAGUAAGAGAGAAAAUACUGAAUACUUAUUUUUUUAUUGCAUUCAAUAUUAAAAGAAAACUAAUCCAAUAGUAAAAAAACAAGAGACGCACUACGCCAACUCCUAAUAAUUACGAACAGGGCAGAGAGAUGAAACUAAUACAAAAUUGAUUUGUUCUAAACAAUGUUUUAUAUUACAAAAUUAACCAAGUAUUUGUUUUAAAUAUAGUAUAAUAGUUUGAAAUACUUGUUCUCUAAACUGCAUUGGUAUAGGGCGGUCCAUUAGCACCACAAUAGUUUGGUCCAUUAGUGCAAUGCGGACAGGAAUAGACCUCUAAUAAAAGCAAAGGUGACCUAAAGCUUGCUGUGUUGUGGCUCUUAUACCACUGGAAAUUAGGGCUAUUUAUCAAUGACUAAAUAGCUUAGUGAAGAGAUUAUGCAUUCAUACAUUGUACAAUUGAUAAUUACAAGUUUUAGGGUUCUGUACGUUAAGCAGUAUAUUACUAUGAUGGUACCGUCUGGCACUCUGUCCAUCCGUCUGAACCAGGCUGUAUUUAAUGAACAGUGACAGCUAGAGAGUUUGAAUUAUCACAGAUGAUUUCUUUUUGUUGUCGCUAUAACAACUACACACUAAAAAUAAGCGGUUAAACAACCGUUGGUACGGUCAUUAAUUCGAUACGAUACAUUUUUCUUUGCAAAUUAGUUUUUAGCCAUGUCUGCUGAACACUGAGCUUUUCAACAAUAAAUUGCAAAAAGGAGAGUGUUAUCACACGUUACAUUUAUUUACUUAUAUGCCUAACCUUAUGCUCCCUUUCAGAUUAAUUUAGCAGAUAAAUAAGUCCUCACCUUGUCCCACUUCUCACUCGCAAAAGAAAAUGCCACUCUUUAAUUUAUAACCACAUAAAUAACAAUUGAAAGUUCAAAAACCAAUCUGUGUUGACAAUAUAUCAAAUUGAAACUUCUGCGAGUAACCUAAAAGUUAAUACGCAAAUAGAUUUACGGCCCAUUAACAUACAGUUUAAUUUAUACUCCACGGUACAGCUACAUCGUACAAUACGCCUCAUCAAUCAUUUCUAACUAAUCGCAUUCAAAUUCAAACUAUAAUGCUAUAGUUAUAAGGAUCAUUUGGGAAAUUGUUGGCGUUUACCUCUAAACAACAUGCAUUUCGCGCAAAUUUGAUAUUAGCUCGUUGUGACACAAAAUACUCAUUAUUCAUGCAGAUUUGUAACCAAGGUGUGUUUAAGCGAUACUGUUUAAAUUUUAUUGCUCGUUUACUAUUUUUAGUUUUUACUGCUUUACUAUGAAUACUCUGAAAUGUCACAAACAAUAUUGACAAACACGUAUUGAUACUUUCAAAAGCAAAAUAAAAACCGGAUAAAAACAAAACGUAAAUAAAUAAUUAAAAAUAAGCAAAAACCAUUUCAAGUUUGGAACACAACACGGCAAGGACACUAGCCGCUGCUGCACUGUUUCACACAUCUGAAGAAUUUUAUCUGUCCGUCCGUCUUUACAUAAUUAAUUACCUUUUUAUAAUAAAUUAUGGACUCUGCACAAUGUUCCAGCCAAGGUCUUACAAUUAAAUAUUCUUUCGACCUUCACAGUAAAAUGUAGUCUCAUUUCGGCAAUCCAAUUGACGCACUCGAUAUAAAAAUGGCCGGCAAAAUGUAUGAGGGAUUUGUGUGAAAAAAAUAUAUAAGUUAAACUCGGCCUGUGUAAAUAAAUACAAGCGUUUCGAUUGUAUUAGAGUUGAUUUAUCUCUCGCGGAUUUACAUUUAACAAUGUUACUUGUUACGUCACACUGAAAACCGAACGAGAUUUUCAUCCGAACGUUAUCAAAACACGGGAUCGUAAUGUGUGCUAUCAUAAAACCUCAUUCGUACUGUCGAUAUUGGUCUCGUAAAGUCUCCGUUUGAUAAUGAACCUGAUCUCUACCGGCUGUCAGGUUAAGAAUAGAAGUUGUUUACCGCGUUGGCGAUUGUAUACAUUUAGCGUUAUACUCAUCUCUCUGUAAAUUGGUCUUAAAUUUAUCAGGUGCUAAUAUGCUUAUGUAUCGGAAGCUCUGGAAUACCACGUGCUUAGAUGAUUUAAUCGGGAUUGUACGUUGAAAAAUUGUAUUUAGGAUUACAAAGUUAUGGCGUCGAAUACAAUUUUUAAUACAUAUUUAAUUUCUUUGUUUGGAAAAAAAAAUACAUUUGCACGGAAUUAAUUAAACUGAAAAGCUUUUUAUAUUAGCCUUUGCGUAAAUUAGUUAUAAGAAUGUGUCAUUUUAAGUAAUAUAAAAUUAUGAGCCGAAAUUUAUGUUAACCAUAAAAGUAGUCCUAGGUUUGAUGGCAAAAAGAGGAGAAAAUUGAAAAAGUAAAGAAGAAAAUUUCGUCACGUUUUAAAGCACAUUAUUACGUCUGUAAAGACAUCCUAAUACAUAAUUUAAUUUAGAAAUUGAAACUAAAUAUUCCAGUCAAAAUAUUUACUUACGCACUCGUUUGACAAUAAAACACAAGCGAAUCCAACAACUCCAACAAAUGACGUCAUACAUGAAGAAACUUCAGCAAUAAACACAAUACGACAAGACUUUGGCAUAGGACGGUAAUUGCAGUUAUAACACGAAAUUAUUACCAGAGCCGUUAGUAAUGUUAGUAUGCGUCUCCAUACAUUCCGCUGUUCGUUAUAAAGAGUUUAGAAUUCGACUGUACUGACUGUUACUGAUAUGCAUUUACGCGCAGUAUAUUCCGAGCUUCCGAAACAAAAGGUGUUCAGUGCGCAGUGUUACAAAAAACAAUACAAAAUAGUGUCUAUUAGUUAGAAGUUAGGGUGCAAAUUAAAAUGUCAGUGAAUAUUGAUAUGGAAAACUUUUCUGCGAAGAAGAAUCUGCGGCGACGUACAUUGAACACUAUUAAAUCGGCCGUGACGGCGCUGAAACAAAUCGCUAAUUCGGAACUCGAGGAGCUGGGUGAGCAGCUGCCCCGGUACCGACCGGACUCGAUAGCCGCCCUGCGCCGCGCCACGCGUUUCACCGAGCCAGAGCUGAAGCGACUGUACCGGGGAUUCAAGGCAGAAUGCCCCACCGGAGUGGUUAAAGAGGAGACCUUCAAGCUUAUAUACGCCCAGUUCUUCCCGCAAGGAGCAAACACGGCACAGUACGCGCAUUUUGUUUUCAACACGUUGGACCAAGACAGAAGUGGCUUGUUAAGUUUCGAGGAAUUCGUUACUGGAUUAUCAAUAUUAUCGAGAGGUACCUUAGAAGAAAAGCUACGUUGGACAUUUUCGCUGUACGACAUAAACGGAGACGGCUAUAUAACUAAAGAGGAAAUGACGGAGAUUGUAUCAGCGAUUUAUGACCUCAUGGGGAAGAUUGUGGAGCCCAACAUGGACGAUGACGUGGUGCGGGAGAAAGUUGAAAGACUGUUUCAGAAAAUGGAUUUGAACCGUGACGGCGUACUGACACUAGACGAGUUUCUGGACUGCUGCCUUCGUGAUGAGGACAUCUCGAGGUCGAUGGGGGUAUUUGACAGCAACUUCUGACGGCCCGCGGGCGGCGCGAGUGCAUCCACGUGCCGCGCCCCAUGACAUUACACCAACAGAUCUCCACCCACGUCAUUCUGUACAUAACGGUGUUACACCGCUAUUGUACCACAUAGGUUUGCCGAAACGGAAUUGUAGUUAGGAAAACGAAUAGUAGACAACAUUCUACUUAUACCUGUAACAUGGGUCAGUCCAUCCUAAUUGCCAGACCAAUUUAAAAAUGACGUGGGGCGAUACUCGGUAGGUGUCAAUGGAGAUUUGAUUACGAUACUAUUGUAAAGAAAUGCCUUAUUUAUAAGAAGCUUUAGCGAUGAAAGGUGGAUUUAAAGGAUAUAGACGGCAACAGUUGCUGCGUAAACGUGUGUCCGAUUUUGUAUGUAGAUUCAACUGCGAAGGUUCGAUGUGAGGCUUAUUUUGUACUUAAAAGAUUACUAGGACCUUUAAAAAUAUGAAUAAGUGUCCAGUUAAGAACUUGUUAUAAUUCCACAUAUAGUUUUAUAAAUAUUAGAACCCCUGCCUCUAAUGGGCAUUUUGUUAGACCCUCGCUAGUUUUGAAUAAGCUCUAAACUGGCUUUUUAAGAUAAUAAUUCCCAACACACACCUAUUCAUCUUCUACUUACUACUUCUACGUAAACGAAGUAAAAUCCAAAACUUGUCUGUCUUAAAAACAGAAAUUACUUAUACAGCACUACACUUAGGUACACCCAACCUUCACCCAACUAUUCAGAAUUUAUUAAAACCCGUAAUGUCCAAAUAAUGAGCUCUAACACAAACUACUUUAAUAAAUUCUAUUAGAAAAGUCUAACGAAUCUUAAACAUAGUGUUAAAUUAAGAUAAACUAGUUUUACCUGAAUAUUGCUGAUAAUAAAGAAUUCUAAAAUACCUUUGAAAACUGUUCAAUUAGGAGUAGAUAAUUUCGUCUUUAAGCGUGUGAAUGCCUGGAUCAAUCGUAAUAUGACAUUUACAGCAUAAAAUAAAAAUGUAUGAGCCAAAUUUCAUAAAAAGUAUCGUGCUUGAGAAGAAAUCAUUCCGUCACUACUUCUUCAUUUGCAUGUUAUAAAAGUUAGAGGUGUAACCAAACGUCGCACCCCAUAUUCAAACAUGUUCGUUAUCUUAUCUUGUUACUUUUCAAAUGACUUAGAUUUCUAACAUAACACAACCUACCUAAAUUCAGUAUUUCCAGUUUCCACAUUUCUUCACUUCUCAAAAUGAUCAACUGUUAUUUUUCUUCAUUUUGAAUCGUUCCGGCCAUUUUUUAUAGUAAUUAGAAUAUUUUCGUUAAGAUAUUGAAUAGUUACCCUAAUAACAUACCUACUUAUUAUAAACAUUUAUUUCUUAGCGUACCGUCGACGCUUAGCAGCUUAGAAUACCAAUUAAGGACUUUCAGAUUUCUUCAAGAUUAUUAAUUAGAGGGCCAUCUCGGCCUAAGCUAAGCUAUAGCUGUAAAUUAUAAAAUUAAAAUAUGAAUUCGUCACAACUCGGGUCAUAGGAACACACUGCCAUAAAAUAAUUUCCUAACUACAGAACCCUUCACAGCUUAAUUUUAACACAGCUUAAUUGUUUUUUUUAAACUGACAAUAAUUUUCUUCAAAUAUAUUGUUAAAAUUUCAGAAUUACAAAAAAAAUAUUUAUGUAGAUACUUACGUACUUAUCUACUUCAUAGAAUAGCCACAUUAUUUACCUAUCUCAAUGUUUACCAAUUCUUCAUAUUAUUCGAGAAAAUACCAUAUUUUCUAAAAGUUAUCAUACAUGUAAAUAUACCUUGUAAAUACCGAUAUUAAUAGAUUUUAAAUGUGUAUAUUUUCAUAGUGAAUGUUAAAUGGAACCAAAUAACUAGAUGGCAUUAAUAUUAAUAAUUGUAUUAUGUAAUAUUGAAAAAAUAAAAAAGUGACACGCAAAUAAUAACAGCACUAAUAAGUAUUUACGAAUAUCUCUAUGUAAUGUGAUUAAAACGUGAUGAAUAAAGAUAUUUUGCGUUUGAUAAUUAAAUAGAUACACGUUAGACGACCAUGGUAAUAUAUGUAUUGCUUAGAAGUUUUUAGCUAAUCAGCAUCACGUGGAAAUAUUUUCAUGUAAAUUUUAAACCUCAUUUUAUUGGUCGAGCUUACAUAGUUAAGGUUUAUGUGUGUCUUCCCAAACAAUACUGUUACGUUCUAACUCCUACGACCAUGAAUGUUAUCCGUUUUAAUAUAGUAUUACCAUUAUAGCGAAAUACAUAGAUAUAUUAUGCCUGUUAUCCUCGAAGAGUAAGGCAGACGUACUUUUGACAAUGGAAAUGAUUGUAUAGAAUAAAUACACAAUCUUAUGAUGAAACUAGAUGGUAUUAGGUACUUAUAAAAUGAGUUGGGUACCUAUAAUCCUUGAUUGUUGUGUUUUCCUAUUAUAAAAUUAAAUGAUUUUAAAUCUAAAUGAAUGUAUAACAGAAAUAAUAUAAUUAUCUUAGUGCCAAAAAUGACCCUUAUGAGGGUGCAACCUUUGGUAUGAAAGUUCGUCUCUAAAUUUUAAAAACCUAUCUAAAAAGGUUGCACCAGUUAAUUAUUCAGAGCGUUUAUGAUAGGCCUAAUAAGAUGGUAAUUAAUAUCGAUUUUGUCUUAAAGUCCAUGUACUACCUAGUCUAAAUCCUACAGGUACUUGAUGUUAGUUAUUUUAGUAUAGAAGCUGUUGUCCCAUAGGACUUAAAUAUUAAAUUGCAGUCGGUGUCAUAUCUGUCAAGCUUGCAUUCUUUUAUUUCCGUAACUUAUUUAUUAUUGGACUUUGUUGUAUACCAGAUAUUUUAUUAUAUUUUUCUUAACAAUUUGCUAGAGAUGAAGUACAUAUCAGUCAUUUGUAGUUUCAACAUGCCCAUCUGACACUGCACGUUUGAUUUCUCAUAUUAAUUUGACAUAGUUAUUAGUUAACGAUGCAUGUUACUGCAUAUCCAGCAUUCAUGUAAUAGGUUAUAGCGUGGACGUAAUGAAUAUGUUUAGGUACGAAUCUGUAAAUUAGAUAUUUGAAUAUUGAAUUGUUUAUUUACAAAUUGUAUGUGUAUUUUACAGAAAAAUAAAUAAAAAUAAUUAAA